UGAUAAGUUUCUGAGCGUGUGGUUCAUUCAUUAUUAACGUUUUCCAUGUUUUCUUUAGUCGUCAGUGAGGUGUGAACUGUGAAAGAGAAAAUGUGAUGUUAAGCUGACAUAAAAAUAUUUUAAUUAGAACAAUGGACUUUAAAGAAUGGAUGAAAUCGCCUUAUUCCUAUUUCCUGGUUGUGUAUUCAUGUAUUGUAACAAUAGUAAUGAUGAUACUGUUUAUUUAUGUGAUUAAGUUAAAAAUUGAUUCGACCGAUAGGACAGCAGAAUCAGUAAAGAAGAAGAAGAAGAAGAAUGUGUUGAAAGCUGACACCAAGUUCAGCAACCAAGGAUGUGCAGACAUGGACAAACUCGAAGAUCUAGAAGAGCUAAAUGACAUAGUUGUAGAUAAUAAUUACAAUGAUGACAUGAGUUCCCGUCAUCUGUAUCGAACUAAAUCAUGUCCACUCCGUUCAUUUGAACGUAGAAGAAUCAGUGAAUACGAUGCAGUUGCAUGUAGUUCGAAGUAUAAGUUUGACACUAAUCCUCCACUUGUUCAUCAUUCCGAAGAAGUGACUGGUUCUAUGAUAGACAGAGCAAAUCCUUGUGAUGAAAUUUUGAGAGAUGUAAGUACUGCGCUGUUCAUAGCCCACAGUCAUACCUCAAGUAGUGAUGUUUAUCAAAGUGUUGCAAGACAACUUUUGAACCUAAUUAAAGUGAAAAAACCUAGUUUGUACGAAACAAUUCAAUGUGACGCCUCUAGACACACCUAUGACAAGAUAGACUACGCAAAAAUGUCGAAUAUAAAUCUGAAAUCUGAAAGCGAUUCCUCGACUGAGAGUAUUUAUGGAACAUAUAUUCCUCCUGCAAGUCACAAAUCUGUUGAGGUGGAGGGUUCGAACGAAUUUUCUGGAAAUCAAAGAUCCAGUCCUUUAGACGUUGAAAGGGAAGAAUGUUUUCAAGAUCCUUCAGAAGAUGAAAAUUACCAGAGCCUCCUUACCUAAAGAUCGACACUGAACGAGAUUCAACAGUUCCUGCAAAAUUACAACGAAACCUGUCGAAGAAACAACUACACAGAAGCUGCGAUGAUAGGUUGUGACACAGAAUCCAACAUUUAAACAUUGAAAUCCACAGCAUUCCUCUAAAGAAAACUGCUGCAAGAAAACGUUUUCAGUUCUGUAUUGGAGGGUACAUUUUACGAGUAGAACUAUCGAAAUUUUGAUCGUAAAAACAUAUGUAUUAUUAUCUACGACUUGAAACGAUGAAAGAAUACGAUGUUAGGUAAAUCUUCUAGUCAGGAAACCUCAGUGCCCGAAUUACCCUAGAAGUUAAAAUUUCUUUCCUUUUACAAGGGAACUUGGGAAUACUGUCUUAGUGUCAAGUCUGCAAAUACCUAUGUGAAGUAAAAAAGUUGUUUACUUCAUCGUAGAAACGAAUCUCAUUUUUUUAAGAAAACUGAAAAAACUUGUGACAAUAAUAUCUAAAAUAUUAAGUAAAUAUUUGUAUCAUCAAAUAAAUAUUUCGUGUAGAUGAAUAUAUUUCUUUUGUUAAAUAUGUAAACGUGUGUACGUGGGAAAUUCAAUGAAUGUAACGCUAAU